AUGGGAUAUGGUGGGUUCCAUACAUUACAUCGUUUCAAUAAGAUUUUAAAAUGGAUCCUUCGCAUCAUUUUAUCUAGACGUUCAUCUGGUAAACCAACAACCUCCAAAUUAAAGUAUUUCAUAAGUUUAUUACAGAAAUCAGUACCGUUAUUAGUAGCUAGGAUUAGUUAUUUAUUGAUUAAACUAUGUAAGGAAUAUCGACAUGUAAAUAGAUUGAAUACUCAGAACUUGAUGAAGCAAUUAAGAAAUCUGGCAGCCAUAGUAAGUUUGGGAUUAUCAUGUAGUAACAGCACGACAUAUGGGUUACGUAACAAUUUAUUAUCCUGGUAUACCUUAAUUGGGAUUAGUUUAGCUGUAUCAUCCUUUGAAAUACCGAUGUGGUUAAUAGUUUAUCUUGCAACUGAAUGGUUUCAAGAAAUUGUCAAAUACCUAGAUGAUAGCAUAUUUCCUGUAUGGAGUAAAGUUUGCCCUUGCAGCAUUGAUACUUUAAAACAGAUAUUGUUAAAUACAGUAGUCAUUUUAUCAUAUUAUAGACAGACAAGGUCAUCUCGAAUGAGAAUUAUGUCAAGAUCGUUAUAUGGGGAGUCAUCGUCAUUUAUUAACGAUUUCUUUAAGGUUUACGCAGUUAUGAAUAUGCAUUCAAUGUAUAAAACAAUCAAACGUUUCAUAAUGAAUAAAAGGACAAACUCCAAACGAAUUAGACAGUAUUAUAAAGAGACAAUUGCAGCUUUUCAUGACCCUAGUGAUUUGCCUAGGCCUGUAAUGAAUAAAUUUUUGGAGAUUUACGAAUUAUCUUUAGAGAAACGUAGUUCCAUCAAGGAAAAAUUAUUAGGUUCAUUUGUUAUUCGUAAUAUUCAGCCUUGUGUCAAAUGGGCCAUCUGGAGGUUGAUGUUUAAAAUGUUGGUCCGUAGUAAAUCUGGUAUAGGAAAGUCUAUGCAUCUCUCGGACUAUUUCAUUCAAAUUGUAGUAAUGGCCCAGGGAUUUAAUAUGUUGAAUAAUAAUAAAGAUAUGCAAAUCAAUGCAAAUUUGUUGAAAUUACUAUAUGGACAGUUGGGCGUAUCAAUAUUGAAUAAUAAUAUUGAUCUCUCUAACAAGAGUAAGAAAUUAAUCACUUUAUUGCUCUCUGCAAUAGAAUAUUCCAAAUAUCAAAGUAUUAUUGAUGUUUAA